UUUCCAAUCUUCUUUUAAAGAUUACAGUAAGUACAAUAAUGCAAAAAACUACUGUUAUCUCUUUAAAUCAAAGUAGCCUUUAAAUUCCAACCAUCCAUUAACCAAAAAAGUAGGUUAUACAAAACUUCUUUGCCCGAUUUAUCGGUUAUGGCAAUUGUUGUAAUACUGUAUACUGUAGGCCUACUACCUCCUCAUAUAACUACGCCCCAACUCUCCACACAACUAACGCCCACUGUCACACAGGUGUCGGAAGCCAGCAGUGAGGUGGGCGAGGUUGUUGUUGUAGACGACCCUCCUAUCGCACGCAGACAGAGCUCCGCAGGAUCUGUGGCAGGGGUGGGGGUAGCCCCUGUCACAGGCCUACCUCCAGAGCUACUCCCUCGUCAACUCAGCCAGACUCACUCGGAGCCCGAGGGCAGCACUUGCGAGCCACUUGGAGCCAAACAUGUGGAGCGAUCGGUCACUUGGGCGGAGCCGAGAAUCAAAGUGAUCCCCCCGCAAGGUCCCAGUGCUCGCAGCAUGCUAAUGGCCAUGCAUACAGAGUAUACUAGCAUCACGGAUGAGUUGGAAACACUGUGUGGAUUGUUGUCUCCGCCACGCUCCCCUCGCCUCUUGUCACCACCCAGAAUAGGUGAGACUUCUACGAGCACCCAUCGCUCCAGACACCACUCCGAGAUGUCCAACCCAGAGAUGGCAUUGGUCUGGGAGAAAGAACAUCUCAAGGAUGCAGAGGAGAGCGAUUAUCUACUGAUGGAGGGUUUGAUACAAACAAGAUUCCAGCGAAGUGACAGCGACGAUAAAUUCCACAACAACGCCUUCUUCCUUACAGCUGACCAUAGUCUUGAUAGGGGACAGGGACGGCCAUUGAGACGAGCAAGUGCCAUAGAGGGCGACAUCCCCACCCCUUGUCUCUCUCAAGCUGUUAGUCUGGAGGAGAACAUCACUGCAGCAGGCGACGGAGCGGCCACAAUCACAGGGGUGUCUGACUGUGGUGCACAGGGGGAACUGGAAGUACCCUCGGGAUCCACCAAACUAAGUGUAGAGUCUUCUAGCAUCAAGAGGCUAUCGGACAGUCAGAACAGUCUAGUUCCCAAUCCUGAAACCAUGUGUUGACUUCAAACUCAAUGAAUUCAAGUGUUGAUUGCAACAUUUCCAACUGUUGUUGAUGAUUGCGAGUCUGCGAGUUGAAACAUCUUGGAUUGGUUUUGUGUUAAGUUGCUAUUGUGAUGCAGUUGAAAAAUGUCGGAUUGGAUUUUUGUUACGUUGACAAAGUUUUGAGCACUUGUUAAGACGUCACUUCCACUUCCACUUCUCAGAGUCCGCUACCUGCAGUUGUCAGGUGUUAAGCCUUUGGUCAAACACCUGUUUUUACCAUUAAUUGGUGGCUAUCGGACCGUUAGGAAUUGAUGAUUGUUUAGUUUUAAUCAGUCGUUACUGUUUAUAUAAUGCACAAUAUUUUUAUCGAGAAUAUUUUUAAGAUUGUUGUGUAUAGUGUAUUGUAUCAUUAAAUCGGUAUAUAUUACAUGUAAAUAAUAGUGAUCAACACUGUAAGUUUUUUCUCUCUGAAUGAGACUUUGCCAAUUAUAUUUCAGUGUUUUAUAGCAUUUUCUAGUUUCACCUAAGUAUUGUUUAAAAAGUUUUUGUUUUUUAUUCAACCUCUUCUUGCUGUUUACAUUUUUUUCAACAAUAUAAUGUAAACUUAAUUUUUAUGAAAAUUUCAUAAUGAAUAUGUUUAAUAAAGUAUCUUUUUUAAAUUUUAAGAUUGUAGAUUUCUUCUCACAAUCUUUUCAUGAAGGUUACCUAUUUUUUAGCAUUUGAUUUGCAUGGGAAGUACAUCAAAACCUUUUAUCCUGUUUGUGCAAAAUUAUGUUAUUUCUUACAUAUUUUGUUCUUAUUGAUCAACCUAUACAAAUCCUGAAAGUACUGCAAACGCCUAUAUCAUACUGAAAUUUGGAUUUAUCAGUUUUAAUUUAAAGACAUUUUUUUUCAUUAAAUUUAUUAAAACUUAAAACAAACUUCCAUAUCACACCACCAUAUCAUAUUGUAUAGGUGCUGAAGUCAGGAUCAUACCAAGCAAGACCAUUGCAUUAUAUAAACUGUAACUGUACAGUGAUGCUGUAGCUUUACAGUCAAAUGUAUCAGUCUACAAAAUCUACUUUGUACCAAAGCAAUGUUUAGAGAUUUGUUACUUGGGACAAACCAAAGUAUAUCAAUAAAAGGUUGUCGUUUAAAUAAUAUAAUUUUGAUGUUACUGCGUCAAAUGACACCAAAAAGUUGAUUUGUGAUGUAAUUUAUGUGUUGAAUGCGGCCUAAUGUGAUCCAUUUCUAUUGCAUGAGUGUUUGAUUACUUACUUAUAAUCAUGGACACAAAACAGUUUAUUUAAUCAGUUAAAAAGAUUUGUACUGAAUAGAAUGUUGAUUGCCCGUUUGGGACCAACUAUCCAACAGUAGAACUGAAAACCAAUGUAGAUUUUUGUUGUUUAGCUUAUUAAUUUAUUACAACUGUGGAUAAUAUUAGAAAUUUACGUACACUUGGUUUCAAUUCUACUGUGUUUUCGCUAUAUCAGUUUGUAUUUUUAUAUAUCUUUAUGUUUCUAAAGGAUUAGCUGUGUAUGUAUUGUUUUUUUUUUAUUUAGCAUAGUCAGUAGACUUAAAACUAGUAUGUAUAGUAAUUUUUAUCUUUUAUGAUGACCAAACUCUAAGUUUGUGAUAUGUAGUUUUUAUUCUAACAAUCUAUGUUUUUGUUUGACUUUUUUAUUUUAUAGCCGCACGGUACCUAGGGUACAAUAUGUGAAUACAAUAUUAUUAUGUGUAAACCUAAAAGGUAGAUUAAUUAUAUUGUAAUGUAAGACAUGAGAUUUUAUGAACCUUCAAUGCAACAUCGUUUAGUUGGGAAACAAAUGCUGGACUUCACGUCAACCUUUCAAUCUAGCCCCAAACAAACACAAACAUAUAAAUAAUGGUGGUUUCCUAAACAAAUUUGUAUAUUCAAAAUAAUUACAGCUUAUAAAUAAUUUUAAAAUAUUAAUUGAUCGUAUUUGUAUAUCAACAUGCUUGACAAGUAGGCCUAUGGUAAGUAAAAAAACAGUAUUACUGCAUAGGUUAUUUUACUAUUCUGAUCGUAAGAUUCAAUUAAACAGGACCCGAUGUGGCAAACUAUGUCCCCUCCCCCGAUGGGGCUUUAAACCUAUGAUUUGUGAGAUUCGUGCCAUUGUGUAAAUUCUCAUAUUCAUGAUCUUGGCCCAUAUUUUUUGUAAAGAUAAGAAAUUCCUUGCACAGAAUCUGGGGAGACGAGAUCGAGCUGUAGAAAUCUCCUAAAUAAAAAUCAGAAUUUUUAAAAGGUUCAAAUUUUGUCAUCACUCAGAGGAGUGUGUCAAUCAAUUUCCAACCUUUUUGAAUGUUGAGGAAAGCUUUACAAAUUUGAAAGCCAUAAAAAAAUUCUGUUUUACCAUUAAUUUGUAAUGUUUAUAGACACUGUAUAACACCUAGCUCUUUACAGUAUUGAUGUUUUUCUAUUGCCUCCAAUCAACUGUUCCAUGUUUUUCCUUCUCGUUUUAUAGUUUUUAUCAUGUUUUAUUAACCAUAGGUCAGGACCACAAUAAAAAAUGUAUUAAAUACAUUCAAAUAAAAUUUAAUUAACAUUUUUUUAUCUUGAUUUUGUAUUUUAUAACUUUAUUAAAGAUGAGAGUGUGUUGGUACAUAAAUCAGUUUUUAAAUACAAAUUGACAAUAUUAGUCAAGCAAUACUUUAAGUUUUUAAAACUGCAAUAAAAACAAUAAUUGGAAGACUGAGUAUAUUUCAUGUUUGUGGAUAAUGUAAUAACUUUUAACUUUUAUUUGUACGUAGGGUUAAAACAUAGUUUUUUAAAGCACAUAUCGUUUGAUUUUUUUUCCAAGACAACUGAUAAAUUGAAUAAUGUUACUUUAUAUAUCAGUUGAUCCAUAAUUUAUUUUAUAUAAAACUGAAUGGUAUAUUAAAUACAUUUGAGCUAUUCAUAAAUUGUAUUGAUCAAGUUAUUAAGGUAACUUUCUUAUGUACUUAAAUUUUAAUAGUUAUAUAAAUAAAACUAAGCAAUAUUGUAGAUACAAAACAUUGUGACCUAAAAUAUUUUAUUUGUGAUUGUGAACGUAUAUUUUAAUAUAUCUAUUAUCUAAUAAUUGUGUUUGCAUGAAAUUUUUAUCAAGAUAGACGUAGCUCACUAUAAUAAGAUAUUUUUCAUAUCAACAUUAAUUUUGUUCUACUUUUCAAAUCUGUUAAGGCUAAUUUCAAAACAGCAUGACUUGUUAUUUAUAUUGGUUAGUUUUAUAAAAACAUAUAAGUAAUUUAUUAAUAUUUUUAAUGUCUGCUCUAGGGAAAUGUUUUAACAUUAUCUUUGAUUGAAUGUGUUAAGUAUCAGUAAAAAAACAAGCUUAGUAACUUAUGUUAUUUGCUGGUAAGAAUGAUUGAUAUAGUUUUAGAACAAUUAAUUCAGGAAUAUAAUUUUCCCAUGUAAAAUUACAAGAUGUAUUAUUAUGAUAAUCAAUUGAAAAAGUAAAUUUAAAAUGUGUUGCCCUCGAUUAAAAUGUUUAAAUGUAAUAUUCCAUUUUUUUCUGAAAAAAAAUGUAUAACAAAAAAUAUAGAAGAAACGUUUUAAAAACAAACCCCUUGUUAUAUAAGGUACUCAAUGCAAUAUAAUUUUAUAUUAUAAUUUGAUUUAUUUUACCAUCCAGUUUUGAUGAAUAUUAUUCAAAAACUACAUCCACCUUGAAAUAAGACAAAUGUAACCUUCAAUGUUAUUAAAAACUUACAAGUAUGUAACUGAAGCAAGGUGUGUGAAGUAAUUUGAUUGCUAUCGUUGUAUGGGUAUCAUUGCCAAUAAGUUUCUAUUCUGUAUUGUUUUGUGAUAUCUUUUCUAUGACUUAGCCCCUUAGCAAUACUCUAGACUGUUUCCAUCAAACCCUGAUGUACAGUGUACUUUACUACUCUUGACAAUCAACCUGUCUUCAAUAAACUUGGAAA